GGCCGCAGUGGGUGGGGGGCGGCCCACGCCCCUUCCGCGGGCCAGGCCUGCAGGGGUGAUGGCCAGGGCACUGGGGACUUCGUGUGCCCGGACGCCCAUUAGAAGGAACUUCAAGAGCUGACAUUGCACUGAUUGGACUGGCUGUCAUGGGCCAGAACUUAAUUUUGAACAUGAAUGACCAUGGAUUUGUGGUCUGUGCUUUCAAUAGGACGGUCUCCAAGGUUGAUGACUUCUUGGCCAAUGAGGCAAAGGGAACCAAAGUGGUUGGUGCACAGUCCUUGAAGGAGAUGGUCUCCAAGCUGAAGAAGCCCCGUCGGAUCAUACUUCUUGUGAAGGCCGGGCAAGCUGUCGAUGACUUCAUCGAGAAACUAGUACCAUUGUUGGACACUGGUGAUAUCAUCAUUGAUGGAGGAAAUUCUGAAUACCGAGAUACGACAAGAAGAUGCAGGAACCUCAAGGCCAAGGGGAUCUUGUUCGUGGGGAGUGGAGUCAGUGGUGGAGAGGAAGGGGCUCGGUAUGGACCGUCACUCAUGCCAGGAGGGAACAAAGAGGCUUGGCCCCACAUCAAGACGAUCUUCCAAGCCAUCGCUGCAAAAGUCGGGACUGGAGAACCUUGCUGUGACUGGGUGGGAGACGAGGGGGCCGGGCACUUUGUGAAGAUGGUGCAUAAUGGGAUCGAGUACGGUGACAUGCAGCUGAUCUGUGAGGCUUACCACCUGAUGAAGGACGUUCUGGGCAUGACGCACGAGGACAUGGCCCAGACGUUUGAGGAAUGGAACAAGACAGAGCUGGACUCCUUCCUGAUUGAAAUCACUGCUAAUAUCCUCAAGUUCCGGGACACUGAUGGCAAAGAGCUGUUACCAAAGAUCCGGGACAGCGCAGGACAGAAGGGCACCGGGAAGUGGACCGCCGUCUCAGCGCUGGAGUAUGGCAUGCCUGUCACCCUCAUUGGAGAAGCUGUCUUCGCUCGGUGCUUGUCCUCUCUGAAGGAGGAGCGAGUUCAAGCCAGCAAAAAGCUGAAGGGCCCUCAGAAGGCCCAGCUGGCGGGCAGUAAGGAGUCAUUCCUGGAGGACAUUCGAAAGGCCCUCUACGCUUCCAAGAUCAUCUCCUACGCUCAAGGGUUUAUGCUGCUCAGACAGGCAGCCACUGAGUUUGGCUGGACUCUCAAUUAUGGUGGCAUCGCCCUCAUGUGGAGAGGGGGCUGCAUCAUCAGGAGUGUGUUCCUGGGGAAAAUUAAAGAUGCGUUUGAGCGAAACCCAGAACUUCAGAACCUGCUGCUGGAUGACUUCUUUAAGUCAGCAGUUGACAACUGCCAGGACUCCUGGCGGCGGGUGGUCAGCACUGGGGUGCAAGCAGGCAUUCCCAUGCCCUGCUUCACUACCGCCCUCUCCUUCUACGAUGGGUACAGACACGAGGUGCUGCCAGCCAACCUCAUCCAGGCUCAGCGGGAUUACUUUGGGGCUCACACCUAUGAGCUCUUAGCCAAACCAGGAGAGUUUAUCCAUACCAACUGGACAGGCCACGGUGGCAGCGUGUCAUCGUCUUCAUACAACGCGUAGUAGGACUGUGACUUCGCCCUCCCUCCCGGCAGCAGGACAGCCCCUGUGGGACAGCAUUCCUCUUUGCCCUAGUUCCUGCUCAGAUCUUUUAGCCAGCUGUUGGCUGUGAUCGCUGAGGAAGUCACCGAGCUCUGUUGUCCGCUCCCUCUGAACCACCAUGCCCAGGGACUUACUCUGUGCACGACUGCGUGACCGCUCCCUGACCGAGCUGUGCCAUGUGGGUCACACAGCCUGCAGCUCUUGGCACACAGAGGGAUGGCUGUGUGGGAUUGUACAACCUGGAGCGUGGAUCGUGCGUGCGGGCUCUGCUGUCCUCCACUCAGUAAAAGCUUAUGUAGUAACCCUCUACACUGGUUUCUGGGCGUGCCCGGACGUCCCAACUGCCUCCCCAUUGGCAGAAGGGUCUGCACCAAGUUCUCUAUGUGGGAAUUGAUCUGUUUUCCCUUAGCCUUACUCAUUUGGACUCUGGCUUUUUUUUUUUUUUUUUUCUUUAAAGACUCCAAAUAACACAGACACAUUCAGUUGAGGGUUAUGAUUAAGUUUGGAGGGAGGUGGGCAGGCCCCUUGAGUUGUCUUUCCUUACCUGGGUGUUCAUGUCACAUUCCCCGGUCACACACUUGGAAUAAACUUUUUAGACUGCCUUG